AUUUAUUUUCUUCACGAAGAAGGUUAUCCUUAUUAUCCGAAGUGAUAACUAUGAAUUUAAGCUGAGUAUCAUGAACCAAUCCAUCUAGUUUCUGUGCUACCGUGUGAGAGAAGUCUCAAAGAAUUAUCCGGAAAUUUAGUAUUUUCGAAUAGGACGAAUCUUCGGUGAUUUAAUAUAGGAAGAGGCAGAAUUUUUGCGCCACGCACCAAGUUUCAGAAUAUCAACGAGAGGAUAAAAUUGCCACUUUUACCGAUGAAUUCGAAUGCAAAUUAGGCCAAACACCUCCUAAUUGGCAAUUUUGUACUAUUUUUGAGAGCACUGUGAUCAUCUGGAAUCUUGAACUCACCGAAUCGGAUAAUUCUUAUUGGAUUUGUCUGACACAAUUAGAUGCUCGGGACGUGUAUCCGCCCAUCUUGAAGCUCUCGAUGAAACUGAAUGUGUUGAAUUUCUAUGGAAAAACUCAGAAGUCACUUCAGUACUGUAUUGAAGAUUGGCCACUUGGUCAUAGAUACGGUGUAUUUCAAUGGGCCACCAACUUCGAAGGAAAUCUCACGGCGUUGGUGGCUGAUGCUAUUAAGAACAAGCAAACAAUUCAAGUGGUCACUCACAUGGAUUUCAUGAUUGAUGAUUUAUCGGAUCUGGAUUAUUUGAUGAGAGAUGAUGGAGCGCCCAGUUUGCCUGCCACUUUGGAGUUCUACUUCGACGCUUUUACGAAUCAAUCCCGUCACGACUUGAAGCUGAGAACAUCUGAUGGCAGUCAAUUUAUCACGACCAGCCAUGCCCUUCUCUUCUUGACAUCUUCCUAUUUUCGUGAGAAUUUGAAGAUCUCAACUUCUGACUACACAGUUGUUGGAGUAGAUUCCUUGGAUACCAUUGACAUUUGUCUCAAUUUUAUGGUUACGAGAUUCUACAAGAAACCAGCUGUGCUCUCGCCAAAACUUGCUUUUGACAUUUUCACUUUGGCCACGCAAUGGAAUGUUUUCAAUCCGUAUAUUCUCACGAUUUCGCUUAAAAGACAGUUGUUCGAGGAGCUGAAAAAGAACCAUGGAGAUCUCGAAUACGUGUGCAACAUGCUGAUUGUCGCCGAAGACGCUAAGUUCCCAAAUGUCCAAAGCUGCUGCAUCGCCACUCUCGUCUACUAUCAUUUCAACGAUUUCAUGCGGAUCACGGACGGGACAUGGUGCGGAGCAUUGUGCGGAUCAUGGUGGAACCCGAUUCACCCAUUGAAAGGAAGACUAGUCGAACGCCGAGAAGGGGCAGAUGAUCACUGGCGGAACAGGUGAAGAAGUAUUAUCUUGCGUUCCGUUACACGAAGAUUGUUGUCAAGAGCUUUGUCGAAGAUUAGCUAUGAAUAAAGAUAUUUUAGUGGAUU